CCUACAGACCAGGAUGCCGAACUGGGGCGGAGGAGCCAAGUGUGGGGCCUGUGAAAAGACCGUGUACCACGCUGAGGAAAUCCAGUGCAACGGAAGGAGCUUCCACAAGUCAUGCUUCCUCUGCAUGGCUUGCAGGAAGGCUCUGGACAGCACCACAGUGGCAGCUCACGAAUCUGAAAUCUACUGCAAAACCUGUUAUGGGAGGAAAUACGGCCCCAAAGGGGUUGGCUUUGGACAAGGGGCUGGAUGCCUCAGCACGGACACCGGGGAGCACCUGGGCCUGAACCUGCAGCAGGGGUCACCAAAGCCUGCUCGCCCCUCAACACCAACUAAUGCUUCAAAGUUUGCCAAAAAGAUGGUGGAUGUGGAUAAAUGUCCCCGUUGUGGCAAAUCAGUGUAUGCUGCAGAAAAGAUCAUGGGAGGAGGAAAACCUUGGCACAAGAGCUGCUUCCGCUGCGCCAUUUGUGGGAAGAGCCUGGAGUCCACCAACGUCACAGACAAGGAUGGAGAGCUCUACUGCAAAGUUUGCUAUGCAAAAAACUUCGGUCCCAAGGGAAUUGGGUUUGGUGGCCUCACCCAAGUGGAAAAGAAAGAGUGUGAAUGAGAAGAAAUGGAUGCAACAGACUCAAACCGCUGUUGAUGACACCAAGUGACAGCUGUCAAGUAAAACAUUAAACAACACAUAUUGCUAAGUACCUAGGGCAUUUGAUUAAGAUUUUCCUCCUUGCAGGAAAAAAUAAUGAGCUGUAUCUUAAGAAAUUCUUAGAUUAGAUUAAAAAGGUACAAUGAUAACACUAGACUCAUGUUUGUGUUUAGUAUAUAAAGACAAGGAAGCUCAUGGAACAUUAUUGCUUCUUAAACUAGUACUUGUUACAUUUUAGACUGGAAUUUUAGACUCCUAGUGCCCCCUUAUGACAGGGAUCCCUUGUGGAGCGAAGGGCCCAGGUGUUCCCAGUUAGAUUGUAUUUUCUUCUUUUCACAAUGUUAACCCGUCUGUAUUUCCACCAGUCUCCUAGCUGAGUUUGGACUAGGCUGGCAACUGUGUUAGAACAAGUAGCUGUAAUUUGCUUUGAGACAACUAAAAAGAAUUUGAAAUUCUCUCUUUCUCUGAGGGAGGUGUGUCUAAAAAAACCCAACAUUUUCUCAGGAUACAGUGGUGUAAGUUUUGUCUGUUUUCAAGCUACAAUAAAGUACUUACUGCUUCACAUUAUUUUUAUUUGUAUUUGCUUGUGGUUACACAUUCUACAACGCUUCAGAUAAAUGUGGAUUUCACCAAGAUGAAUGAAACCCCCUCACAAGAAUUGCAUUUCACUACAGUACUUACACUCUAUUCUAGAUGGUAUCUGACUUUAAUUUCCUGAUCUUGAACCCUUUUCCUGCUGGUUUUCAUUGUUACCUACUUUGACUUACAUUCAUAUCACACUGUACAGCUGGCUCCUCCUUUCCUUGGGAAUGUGGCUGACAUCAGCUAUUACAGAUGCAGUGGGGAACAACUCCCUCUUUUUAUGUGCAUGGCUCUCUUCCAUCAUAAACUCACCCAUUUUCAUACCCUAACAGGGCAUAUAUAUGUGAAAAACAUAAGGCAAAGAGUCAGGCUCCUUCUCAUGGUUUUGUGCCCACCCACUCUGAAAUACAUCAUUGGCCACAUAUCCCUUGACUCUAUUCCAAUCUGCAAAAAUACAUUCACAAGUAUGAAAGCUCUGUUUUAUUACAUGUAAACUCUUCAAAUACAAAGACAUAAUAGAGAUUUUCACAGCAUAAGCAAUAAAAUUACAAUAUAAUUGUAAUAUAAAGUUUUUAAACAUGAACUCUCACCUUAAUUUUCAAGUUUAAUUGUCUUUUGUUACCGGAAAAGUAAAGCAAAUGUUACCAACAUAAUUUUGAAAUUAUGCCCCGAAAACUUACCUUUAAAAAUAUAUAUAUUUGUGUCAUCCACCACAUAAAAUUUUAAAUAGUUUCAGCUCCAACUAUAUAUACACAGACACACAGUGACUGCUCCAUCUACAAAUCUGCUGUAUCUUAUGUAAGUUCAAUAUUUGAAACAAUAAUAAAAA